GCAGUCCGAAAAGACCAAGAUGGCGGACUGAGUUUGCGGAGGAGUUGAACAUUUACAGUUUUAUAGCCAUGUAGAAUCGAAUAUAGCAUCAAACACAUCAAGGUAUAGAUUUAUUCCUUUAGAGCGAGGGAGUGUUAUCUGAAGUGAAGAUUGAAGACGUGAUAGAAGAUGGACGACUACUGCUAUGCUAAGAUGGCGACGUCCGGUAAAAGAGAACAUGAAAGAGAAUCACUAACGGAGAAAAGGACGAAGUAUGAAGACGUCCAGCAGCUGAUUGGUCAUCCAGAAGAACUUCCCCCUCAGUCGGAAGGGAAGAGCUCCACUUUGAAGCAGGAGACUCCACAACCACCCCACAUUAAAAAGGAAGAGGAGGAACUCUGCAUCACUCAGGAGGGAGAGUGUCUUCUAGGAAGAGAGGAAGCUGAUUACACCAAGUUUCCACUGACUGUUGUCUCUGUGAAGACUGAAGAUGAUGAAGAGAAACCACAACUAGACAACCUCUUAACGCCACUACCAGAUAGGGAGGUUGAAAAACUUUUGAGCAGCGAUACAGACUGUGAAGACGUCCAGCAGCUGAUUGGUCAUCCAGAAGAACUUCCCCCUCAGUUAGGGGAAAACUCCACUUUGAAGCAGGAGACUCCACAACCACCCUGCAUUAAAAAGGAAGAGGGGGAACUCUGCAUCACUCAGGAGGGAGAGUGUCUUCUAGAACCAAAGGAGGCUGAUCUCACCAAGUUGCCACUGACUGUUGUCUCUGUGAAGACUGAAGAUGAUGAAGAGAAACCACAACCAGACAACCUUUUAGCUCCACUCUCGGAUAGUGAGGCUGAAGAUGAGGCUGAAGAACCUUUGAGCAGCGAAACAGACUGUGAAGACGUCCAGCAGCUGAUUGAUCUUCCAGAAGAACUUCCACCUCAAUCGCAAGGGGGGAGCUCCACUUUGAAGCAGGAGACUCCACAGCCACCCCACAUUAAAAAGGAAGAGGAGGAACUCUGGAUCACUCAGGAGGGAGAGUGUCUUCUAGGACGAGAGGAAGCUGAUUACACCAAGUUGCCACUGACUGUUGUCUCUGUGAAGACUGAAGAUGAUGAAGAGAAACCACAACUAGACAACUUCCUAGCUCCACUGUCAGAUAGUGAGGCUGAAGAUGAGGUUGAAGAACCUUUGAGCAGCGAUGCAGACUGUGAAGGUGAUAUGAGGACUCACACUGACAACAAACACUCUGAACCCUCUAAAAAAAAUUUGAGCUGCUCGGUUUGUGCUAAAAGCUUUACUAAAAAGCACAAUUUGACUCAACACAUGAGAACACACACGGGCGAAAAACCAUUUCACUGUUCAGUCUGUGGUAAACAAUUUUCCCAUAAGUGCAAUUUGACUGAGCACAUGGGAACACACACAAGAGAAAAAACAUUUACUUGUUCAGUUUGUGGUAAAAUCUUUGUUUCCAGACAAGGUUUGACUCAACACAUAAGGAGACACACUGGACUAAAACCAUUUAAUUGUUCAGUGUGCAAUAAAAGCUUUUCUCAAACCAGCCACUUGACUCUGCACAUGAGAACGCACACAGGAGAGAAACCAUUUAAAUGUUCAGUGUGCGGCAGAAGGUUCUCUCAAAAUAGUUCUUUGACUCAACACAUGAAAACGCACGCUGCAGAAUAAUCAUUUAGUUGUUCAGUGUGCUGUAAAAGGUUCCCACAUAAUGCAGACGCAGUAAAACACAUGAGAACACACAAGGGAAAAUAACCAAUUAGCUGUUUAGUUUGUGGUAUGUUGCUCAUAUGUGGUGACAUCCACCCUACCCAGGACCUCCUCACUGCUUCUUUCACAAAUAUCUGAGGUAUUCAUACAAACUGGAUUAUCUGGAGCAUAAUCUUAUCUACUCAUGACCCCAUGUCUUCUCUGUAUCUGAAACUUUCCUGAACAGUAAGAUAGAUGAAUUUACAACAAGUUUUAAAAAAAAAUUCAUAUUUAUCACUCAGGUCUAAGAGAGCACAGCCUGUAGGUUCAAUGUGCACAAUUGAAUAUCUUAGUUGCUCAGACAGUAAUGUGUUUAGAUUGGGUUAUGAUGUUUGUAAUGAGGAAAGAUGUUAAUUUUUUAAUUAUUUUUUAUAUUUUCCUGAAGGAACUCUCCUGAAAGAAUCAAUAAAGUACUAUCCAUCUAUCUACUUAUUUUUUUUAUUCAUGUUUGCAUUUAAGAUAGCUAGCGAUUAGCACGAUAACUGUUAACACGAUUAGUGAUGUAAGUUAGUGAACAGCAGCGCUAGAGUUAGAGUUGCUGAUCGCUAUGAAGUUUAGUACAAGCUUCCUUCUCCAGGAAAUUAGCAGUAUCAUCAUUUUAUCGAAGUGUGCUCAUUAAUCAAGCUUUUACCUUAAU